AUGAAGCUAAUGUUUGCGGUAGUGUUUGCGCACAAGGGUUCACUGGACACCAAUGCAACUGGUAAGAGUAAAUGUGCUUUGGUUACACCUGCUAAUCCGGGAACAAAGAUUCAGUGCGAUCAUUCACGAUCGACCAUUUUGUAUUCAAAAACACCGCCAACUCCCAUAAAAGUCCCUGAUGGUGGCGACGCAUAUGGUUGGAUACCCGAUUCAGCUGAUCCGACAUUAAUCGGUAGCUCCGAGAACAUCAUUUGAAACCAAAUUCAUUAGUAAUUGGAUUAAAAAUGAUGAUAAAAUUUUUAAUUUAAACAAACGCAUCAAAAUCGAUAUUCCCGAUUAUGAUCCGGCAAAUAAAAAUAUCAAAAUUGAGACAGCUAUUUUAUGGAAAGACAGCGACAAACCUGAACAACCUUCACAAAUUGUGGGAGAAAAAGACAAAAUAAUUGAUAGACAAUUAGAUUUCGCAAAUCGAAAAGACAGUACACAUUUCAAAUUGAUUGUCAUUUUUACACUAAAUAACGAUGAUGUUACUACAAAAGAUAUUAAUAUUAAAAUAUCUGAUAUAUCAAUUGGUGAUCCAUGUGAUACAGCAUUUGACAAAAAACCUUGUAGUCUCC